GCAGUGACGUCAUCGCCGCCGCCGACAUAUUGAAAUGUUUCCCCUUACCUCUUGUUCUUCACUGAGCUCAACAGCAGCCAUCAGCUCUCGCUCCUCAGCCGGACACAGGGCUAACAGCACGGACAUGGAGAUAGACACUCUUUUGGAAGCUAUUAAAGAUUUUGACAAGAAGGGGAAGAAAGAAGUGUCUUCCGUGUUGGACCAGUUUUUGUGUCAUAUUGCGAAGACUGGGGAAACCCUGGUGUCAUGGUCUCAGUUUAAAAGCUACUUCAUAUUCAAGUUGGAGAAAGUAAUGGAGGAUUUUCAAGCAUCGGCCCCAGAGCAAAGUGGACCCACCAACCCAAACGUGGAAUCAGUGCCCUUUGAAGAAAUGAAGGAGAGGAUCCUUAAGAUUGUCAAUGGAUACAACGGGAUCCCAUUUACCAUCCAGCGCUUGUGUGAACUUCUCACAGAACCCAAGAGGAACUACACAGGAACAGAGAAAUUUCUCAGAGGGGUAGAGAAGAAUGUGAUGGUGGUCAGUUGCAUUUAUCCUACAUCUGAGAAAAAUGGCUGUAGUGGUGUCAACAGAAUGAAUGGAGUCAUGUUGUCAGGGAACACAUCUAUCUUUACAGAGAGGAAAGUAAAUGGGCCAGGAACGCCCAGACCAUUAAACAGACAGAAACAUUCCUUGUCCAGUUCACUAUCCACAAACGGCCUUCCAGACAGCACUGAAAACAAAGAGACGAACACAGCACAGGGACACAGCAAAACACCCAGUGAUGCAUCUGCAUUAGGCAUUGGUAGCUCGGUAAAGAACAAACACUUGGAUGAAGAGGAAGAAAUGGAGGCAGAGGAGCACGAGGUAAAGAGACUUAAAUUCAACCAGGAUGGAGAAGAGGAUGAGGAGGAUGAAGAGGAUGUAGAAGAGCAUGUUGGUGAGACACCCAGGUCUACAUCGUCUGAGAGCCCCUCAGAUAAGUCCGAGGAUGCAGAAUCGCCAUUGUCUAUGUCACGGGAGACAAACGAAGAAGAGGAGGAGGAAAGUAAACCUGGUUCGGCCAGAGAGUGUGAGGACCAAGAGCCUUCCAGCACGCUGUCUGAGAGUACGACUGCGGAUUCCAGAGAGUCCUUUACUGAACGAGAGGUUCCCUGCGGCUCAGACUCUUCCUCAGAGGAGCCCAGCAAUAUGGACCAAUCGGAGCAGAGAGCCCCAGCAGGUGUGGCCUCUAGUCCUGAGAUGAAGGAAGGGGAGGAGCCAAGUGAGCAAGUCAGCAGCAGUAGCAAUGAUGAAAACACCUCUGGACCCUCAUCUAGCAGCAGUAGCGCAGACUCGCCCACAGAGGGCGACACUGAGUCAGGGGCCCAAGACUCGGAGAGUGCAGAGGAGCCUAUGGAGCAGGACUAAAAAACUCCUAAACGACUACUGUGUGCUUUUGUGGAGAUUAUUGGGAAGACACACAAUUAAGUGGCCUUCCACAAUGGCCAUCCGAAGCAACACCCAACUACCACCAUGCGCCUUCUGGUCAAGAGUCACCUAAUUUCUCCAACCUUCCCAAAUGGACACUUUAUGCAGAUGUACAUACGAUUUUAUUUCUGAAGUGAAGGUUUUAAACUGGAUGGUUAUCUUUUUUUCUUUUUUUUUUUUUAAAUUCAUUCAUGUUACAGGUUUCUGCCUGUCUAGUUUUUUAGGCAGACACUUUCACUAAGCUAAAAUCAGUUUGACUGAAGUUUAUCUUGACAUCUUUUAUCCAGGAAAGCAGUCCUGUUUUAUGUUCUAAGCUUUAGGUUGUUUGAACCACUGGCUAGGUUGUAUCUUUUCUGCAUUGGUGUUAUUAUUCAUUCACAUAGCGCCAAACAGCAGGGCAGUGGAGUUUAUCAUCUUGCUCUUUAAGUCUUUCUUAAGACCCGUAACUGGUCACUGUUCAGAGGUUACGUUCCAAGCAAAUACAAGCCAUAGCUCUGUUUGUUCUGUUAAAUAAUUUGAGCAGUAGCCUUUUUAUAUUUUAGUUUUUCUUGUUUUUUUUUUUUUUUUUUUUUUUGUAGUUUGUGUGUAACUGACAGGGGAUGUUCAUUGUUUUGUAAAAUCUUCUUUUUUUCCCCCACUAUCACCAUCUCUUAUGUAUUAUCAUGCAGUCUGCACUGCAUUGAAAGCGAGUGGUUUAUGUCAGGUACAUUUACCUCUUGAAGAUUACAACUAAGCAUUCUUUCAUAUUUCGUGAUUCACAUUAAUUUAUACCAGCAUUUCAAUCUUGAUUUAUUUUUGAGAAGCUGAUUUUGUUUUGUUGUUUUGCAGAUUGUAUUUAAUGACAAGCUGAAUUACAAUGUCAUAUGUGACAGUUUGACUCUUACCGAUAACAGCUGGCUGCCAUUUUGCAGCUGUACUUUUUUUUUUUUUUUUUUUUAGAAUUUUAAAAUGUCUGUAAAGUAGUGUUUUGUAGAGCAUCGUGUUCACUACCUUUUUGUGCAUCCAAUAUAAUUGUAUGGUGUUGUUUUUUUGUGUAUACUGAAUGCUUGUGGUUUCAAUAGAGUAUUCAGACAAAGCAAUAAAUGUUAUGGUUUAAAAUGUUUAGAUGACCCUUUAGUUUGACAAACACAUGAUUCUGAAUCUAAAUUAUUACAGAAAGUUUGUAUGUAAUUGAAUCCUUGACAAGGUUAAAACAACUAGAUAUUUACAUCAUUCAUGUCCAUAGCACAAACGCCAAACUUUUAUUCUUUGCCAGCAAGCACUAACUAGUAGAACAUCAUUCAUAGGAGGAUUACCGCUUACAUAAUAUAUUUUAAGCUUUCAUCCGGGUCUUUAUAUAAUCCUUAAUAAUCAUGUUUCUCAAAUUUAUGCAAGCCUUCUAAUUCACUUUGCAGUUAUUAAGCAUAAAUCCUUGCACAAUUUUUUCUGAUUAACUUCCCAAAUACAAGUUUUCUUUCUUUCAUAGUUCUGUCACAGUCAUAUGUCUCUUAACAGUCUGCUGCAGUGAUUUCUGCAGGUGCUUUUAAAAAAAACUUUUUAAUUCACCUGUCUGUUUAGUCAUUGUCUUUUGUGUUGGCUGGCUAAUUUCAUGGUCACACCAGCAAGGGGGGGGGGACUGGGAAGAUAAAUCAGCCCGGGUUUUACAUAGAAACUGGCCCAAAAGUUGUUGAGGGGUAGGGAGGGAAAUCUGGCCCUUUCUGCAUAUCGCUUCCCCCUUCAGUAUAUCGCAGCGCCAUUUUGUGGCCCAUUUUGCAUAACGCGGCGGUCCAUUUCAGCUUAUCGUGGCCCGUUUGGCCCGGUUUUGCGGCUGGCCCAUCGGGAAAAUUCCCGGUUCUCCCAAUGGCCAAUCCGCCCCUGCACAUCAGUGUGUUACUCCUGUAUCUAGGCUGGUUGAAAUUUACCCAGCCCUCUCUGAGAAAAUAAAAAGUGGAUUGUCUAAAUCCUGCUGUGAUGUUCAGCAAGUUGGUAUGUUUAACUGUCAUCUUUGAAUGCCCAGCUCCUGGGAAAUAACCCUGCCUGCUGUGGGAGUAGUAACAAGUCUUAAAUAAAUGAAUUGUAAUUUGAUCCACGGGCCUGGGGACCAAAGAGCUUAUUAAAAAUGAUGAACUGGGCUAACUUAAGUUUUUUGGGUGGGUGUGCUUAAAAGUUUGAACUAACAGAUAACAGUUCCUCAAAACAUAUUGUACAUAUUUCUGCAUAAAGAAGAAUCUCACUCAAUACAAUAAUCAGCACAAAGAAAAUGGAAGUAAACUUAAAAGUAGAAGUGAAAGAUCAAUCUUGGUAUUUUAAGAAGAAAUGUCAGGAUUGUGAAGAUUGCGAUUAAUUUGAAAAUUUAUAUUUUACCCAGCCCCAGUGUAUUAAUGAAUGGGAAAUGCGUUUACAGUAUAGGGUAGACUGAGUACAGUUGUAACACUUUUGAUAUACUGCACAAAUAUUGACCCUAAUAAACAUACAAUUGUUUUCACGUUUGAUGCCUUUAUCUGUCUACCAAAAUAAUAAAUGCCCAAAACCUGCCUGCCUAUAUAUAAUGUCUAUCUGGCUUUCUGUCUAUUAAUUAAUUAAUUUGUCUUGCUCACUAAGCUUUCUGACUGAAUAAAUGCAAACAAAACUCUAGAAGGAGCAUUUUCUACCAUGUUUCUUGUGCAGCAGGUACAGUCGUAUUCAGUCCUCUAGUGACCACCUUGCACGUCUGCCUGAUUUUCUCAGUGAUCUUGCAUCCUAAAUACCCCACCUCCACUCUACACUGUGGACUUAAAGGCAACGUGAAACAUCAUUUGUAACUUAGCUAACUUCUGUAAUGUUACAUACGUUAAGAAAAAGAUUAUUAAGCAUGAGAUAAUGUUGGGAAGGAGUUGGUUUUAUCGUUCAGGAUUUGACUGGAUUGUGAAAAGUAAGGCUAUAUGAUAUUAUGAGUGAUGUUUGCACAAGCAUUAUUACUGUACUAAUACUUGGGGUUAGUGAUUUUAACAAACUUAUAACUAUUAAGUGUGUAACUCAUUCCACACUGUUUGUGCUACAGACAUGAAUUUUACCUCACUUGUUGAGAAGUGUGAUAAGCAAUCAGAAUUCCCAUAGACUUACAUUGGAGGACUGACCCAAGCCAUCUAGGGAAAAUAAUAUUAUACUGUUAUAGUGAUAUAUGGUUUUCAUUAUACUGCAUGUUUUUUUUCCCCUCCUUUCUCAUAUUGCAUAUUGAAAACUUUGUUUCUGGCAACGGAGAAGUCUGAGAUUCCCCUGAUACCUGUCUUCUGCUCCAACCAAACUGCUGGGAAUUUUAUGGCCACUAAGAUUCUCCAAGUUAGCAGCUGCAUUAGUGUCUGCACCACCAACCAGUUUACAAGGCUCCAACCAAGUCCUCAACAAGAUGCUGUGGGUCUCCUGCCUCAGAGUGUGAGUCGCCACCUAGUCCUCUCAGCCACCUUUCUUGCCUCGGUUAAGUCUGAGAUUCCUCGGAAGCCUGUCUUCCACUCCAACCAACAUGCCAGGAAUUUUAAAGCCCCUAAGAUUCUGCAAGUUAGCAGCUGUGUUAGUGUCUGCCCCACCAACCAGUUUGCAAGGCUCCAACGGUGCAUUCGACAAGAUGCCAUGGAUCUCCUGCUUGAAGGUGCGAGUCUCCACCUUGUCCUCUCUGACACAUUUCUGGCCACAUUGAAGACUGAGAUUCACCAGAUAACUGUCUUCCACUCCAACCAAACUGCUGGGAGUUUUAUGACCACUACUAUUCCCCUGGUGAACUGCUGUAUUUGUGCCUGCCCCACUAACCAUCUUGCCAGGAUCCAACCAAGUCCUCGAAAGGGUGCGGUUGAUGUCCUGCCUCAGAGUCAGAGAUUCCACCUUGUGGUCUCAGCAACCUCACUGGACAAUGUGAAGUUUGAGAUUGCACCUCACCACUGAGUCUUGUACCUCAAACAGCCUGCACUCCUGGAAAUUUUAUGGUGAUGAUUAACAACUGCAUUAGUGUCUGCCACAUUAACCAGCUUACCCAGCGUGACGCAGUGUGUGUCCUCCCUGUGGGUGGCAAUCCCCACCUUGUCAUCUCUGCUAACCAACUGGACAUCCUGAAUUUUGAGAUCCCACGAAUGCUGCCGUCUCCUGUACUUCUUGGCCUGAAGACAAAUGGAGCUGUAUUGAAGAGCAAAUCCCUUCAGACCAAUGUGGUUGCUAAGAUAUCAUGCAAGUCCAUGAUGAUUACCAAGGGUGUUGGCAACUCCAUGGUGCAGAUCAUUCAGCUCCAAGCCAUCCGGGAUAAGGUUGCGAUUUCUCAACGUGGGGGCCUCCUUCCAGUAUGUCAGGAAAUGGUUGAGUGCACUCCCAAAGAGACCUCUUCUCGCCAUUAGAAGACUUUAAAUCCACCCUAUUUUCAGGCGCUCCAAAAAGUGGCCUCACUUUACAUGGAAAAUCAGACCCUGGACAUUACUCCAAUUGUGUCAGAUUGACAGCAGGUGGCACAAGACCCAAGUCAGGGUUCAUCAUUGUAGAGAAGCAGGCUCAAAAGUACCUUGAGAUCCGUGGCAAGCAGCCCCAUAUACUGGUCCAUCCUCGCCACUGGGGCUGGUCUUUGGGCCCUAAAAAGAAUGACGCUGUGAAGGUUCCUCAGUGGCAGUAGUAGCAAACAAAAA